UAAUCUUGCGUGGCUUUUAUUUUGAAAUCCGUGGGAAUUGAACGUCACUUAUUUUUCCUGUUUUCACCGGAGGUGCCGCGUCGUGUGUGUGAUUAUUAUUAUUACAGUCAGUUUGCAGACAAUGGCUGAUGAUGGUCCAGCAGAGGAUUAUCCCACCGAAAUCGAGGAAAACCUCAAUGAUUUUGACUCCUCUGUCAGCUCUGUCCAGAAUAUGGUCCAAACACUUGUGUCUGUAUCCAGAAGUGACCAUCUGCUUAAACUGGAUCCUCUUGAUCAAGCUAAACUGGAUCUGAUGUCUGCAUAUGCCCUCAACUCAAUGUUCUGGAUGUAUCUGGUGACACAAGGAGUCAAUCCGAAAGACCAUGCGAUCAAACAGGAAUUGGAGAGAAUCAGGGCAUAUAUGAACAAAAUUAAAGAGAUCACGGACAAAAGAAAAGCUUCACGUCUGGACAAAGGUGCGGCAUCACGGUUUGUUCGGAAUGCACUGUGGGAUGCUGAGGACAAGAAAAGAAAGGACACAACUGAGCAUUCCCGCAAAGGAAAACACACAAGGUUUUCUUGAUUGACUGGUGAAACACAUUGAAGUUUCUCAACAAAUAUUUAGCAGACUUUGAGAUCAAGCGCAACAAAUUUCUCAACGCACUGAGGACUUGCUUAAGAAGUGUACCAUUUACCCUGUGACUGUUCAUGAUGCUGUGUUGUUCAUGGUGUACAUGUGUUGAGUAGGAUCAUUAUUUUCAAAAUGGCUUGUUUAAAACUAAAAAUGAAACCCCAUGCAAGUUACCUUUUUUUUUUUUUUUAAUUUCUUUUAUUAUUUUAUUCUUUAAUGUAGUCUUGAGUUUGUUUUAUAUCUGGGGUUACAUAAUCUGAAAUGUGUGAUGUGGACCAUCCAUAAUACCAGUCCCAUUAAAACAUCUAAAUCCUC